AGGGAUGCAAACCCCCUGAGCGCAUGGACAUUGUUGGAUGCUCAGCUCCAGCCAGCCCAUGUUCAUCAUAUCAGCCAAGCCCCUAUGCUUCCUCCUUCCCAAGCCCAGCUUCCUCAUCCUAUUUCACCAAUGCCAACAACGCCACCACAGACGCAAACUCCCUGAUUCCAUGGCUGAAAAACCUUUCCUCAACCUCCUCCUCCUCCGCCUCCUCAUCCAAGCCCCCCAGCCUCCACAACCUCUCCAUCCACCACGGCUCCAUCAGCGCUCCCGUCACCCCUCCCAUCAGCUCCCCCACCGCCCGUUCUCCCCGCCUUAAAACUGAUUGGGACAAUCAAACCAACACCUUGCAGCCGCCAUGGCCGGUCACUGCAUCACACUAUGCAGCUUUCCUGCAGGGCUCAACGCCGCCCAGCCCUGGACAGAAGGUAAUUCCUGAUCCGGCAUGGCUCUCGGGGAUUCAGAUACCUACCAGCAGCCCAACAUCACCCACCUUCAGCCUUAUUAUGUCGAGCCCCUUUGGGCUUUAUCAGGACGGAGUUCCAAGUGCCGCAUCGUCCAGGAUGUGGACUCCUGGCCAGAGCGGCAUGUGCUCUCCGGUCAUGCCACCGUCGGACGUGCAAAUGUCAGAUGAUGCUUCUGAUGAGUUUGCAUUUGGGAGUUGCAGCAAUGAGAACCAGUUGCAGCAACUGGGAGUGGUGAAGCCAUGGGAAGGAGAGAGGAUUCACGAGGAUUGUGGGUCUGAUGACUUGGAACUCACUCUUGGCAGCUCGAGGACCAGAGCUGACGCUUGAUGAGCUCGCUGUUAUUUAUGUCAGCAACGUUGUAUUCGGAUUAUUUUAUAUCAGAGUUGGUUUAAUUUAACUGUUAUUGCUAAUAUUUGUAGUAAUUAUGAAACAUAUUUGUAUUCCACAUCCAGCUAAUGUAAAUUUCUUUAAAAUUAA